CCAGGGGACCAGGAGCUCGGAAGCAUGUCGGGGAAGCCCAGGCUUACCUACCUUAAUGGCAGGGGGCGAAUGGAGCCCGUACGAUGGCUGUUGGCAGCCGCUGGCGUGGAGUUUGAAGAAAUUUUUUUGGAAACAAGAGAGCAGUAUGAAAAGUUAAUCAAAGAUGGAGUCCUGCUGUUCCAGCAAGUGCCUCUCGUUGAGAUUGAUGGGAUGAAGAUGGUGCAGACCAGAGCCAUCGCCAACUACAUAGCAGGGAAAUACAACCUCUAUGGGAAAGACUUGAAGGAGAGAGCCCUGAUUGACAUGUACGUGGAAGGAAUAACAGACCUGAUGCAAAUGAUUUUGAUGUUUCCUUUCUCUCCACCUGAGGCAAAGGAGAAAAAUAUUGACUCAAUUAAGGAGAGGGCAACCAACAGGUACUUCCCAGUCUUUGAAAAGGUUUUGAAACAACAUGGCCAGGACUUCCUCGUGGGCAACAAAUUCAGCUGGGCAGAUGUUCAGCUCAUCGAAGCCAUUUUAGCGGUGGAGGAGAAAAUACCUGCUGUGCUGUCGGGGUUUCCUCAGUUGCAGGCUUUUAAGAAAAGAAUGAGCAAUAUGCCUACAAUUAAGAAGUUCCUGCAGCCCGGCAGCCCAAGGAAGCCCCCGCCAGAUGAAUUUUAUGUAGAAACUGUGUUGAAGGUUUUUAAGAAAUGAAUGCCUUGCUACCUUCAGUGAGACCCAGAAUACUGGGGGAAAAGAAAAUCCCCCAAACCCAAACCAAAGGAAGUAGGAAGCUCAUUAAAUUAGUAUUGUUGUAGUUAAAACCAAUAGUGGAAAAAACCCAAAACCCCCAACUGAAAUAAAGCAUUCUGAUUACUCUG